AUGAGUGAAAAGGAAGGAAGCUCUUCUAAUUACGAAGAUUCUUCAAUCAAAGAUUUCCAUAAUGAUGGACAUGAUCAUGAUCAUGAUAUCAAUGAUUAUCAUGGAUUUGAUGAUGCUGCAUCUGAUCAAGUUCGUAAUUUGGCUAGAACUUUAACUAAUCAAUCUCAUUCAAAUUCCAUUACUGAAUCAUCUCAAGAUUUAAUCAAAUAUUUAUCUCACAUGUCCCAAGUCCCUGGUGUUGAACCAUUUUCUGCUGAAGAAAUUGAUGAAAAAUUGAACCCUGAUUCUGAUAAUUUCGAUGCUAAAUUUUGGGUGAAAAAUUUAAGAAAAUUGAAAGAUUCUGACCCAGAUUAUUAUAAAUCUUCAAGUCUUGGUAUUGCUUAUAGAAAUUUAAGAGCUUCAGGGGUUGCAACUGAUUCUGAUUAUCAAGCAACUGUUACCAAUGCUGUUUGGAAAUAUGGUGCUGAAUUCAUUAGAAAGAUGAGAAAAGUCGAUGAAUCACGUUAUUUCGAUAUCUUGAAACCAAUGGACGCUAUCAUGAAACCUGGUGAAGUUACUGUGGUUUUAGGUAGACCAGGUAGUGGUUGUUCAACUUUAUUGAAAACCAUUGCUGCUCAUACUUAUGGUUUCAGAAUUGGUGAAGAAUCUAAAAUUUCCUACGAUGGUUUAACCCCUGAUGAAAUCGUCAAACAUCAUAGAGGUGAUGUUAUCUAUUCAGCUGAAACUGAUGUUCAUUUCCCUCAUUUAUUAGUUGGUGAUACUUUAGAAUUUGCUGCUAGAAUGAGAACUCCUCAAAAUAGAGGUAACAUCGAUAGGGAAUCUUAUGCUAAACAUAUGGCUGCUGUUUAUAUGGCUACUUAUGGUUUAUCUCACACUAGAUUCACCAAUGUUGGUAAUGAUUACGUUAGAGGUGUUUCAGGGGGUGAAAGAAAGAGAGUCUCAAUUGCUGAAGUUUCAUUAUCUGGAGCCAAUUUACAAUGUUGGGAUAAUGCUACUAGAGGUUUAGAUGCUGCUACUGCUUUAGAAUUUAUCAGAGCUUUAAAAACAUCUGCUACUAUCUUAGAUGCUACUCCAUUAAUUGCUAUCUAUCAAUGUUCUCAAGAUGCUUAUGAUUUAUUCGAUAAUGUUGUUGUGUUAUACGAAGGUUAUCAAAUUUUCUAUGGAAAAGCCGAUAAAGCUAAGAAAUUCUUCGAAGAUAUGGGUUAUAUCUGUCCUCAAAGACAAACUACUGCUGAUUUCUUAACUUCCAUUACCAACCCUGCCGAAAGAGUCAUCAAAUCAGGUUUCGAAUCAAGAGUUCCAAGUACUCCUAAGGAAUUCGAAACUUAUUGGAAAAACUCUCCAGAAUAUGGUAAUUUAGUAAAAGAAAUUGAAGAUUAUUUCGUUCAAAGUGAAGCUGAAAACAAAUCUCAAAGUUAUCAUGAAUCUCACGUUGCCAGACAAUCUAAUCAUAUCAGACCUGGUUCUCCUUAUACCGUUUCAUUCUUUAUGCAAACUAGAUACAUCAUGCAUAGAAAUUUCUUGAGAGUCAAAGGAGAUCCUUCUGUGACAAUCUUUUCCAUUUUCGGUCAAGCUGUUAUGGGUCUUAUUUUAUCUUCUGUUUUCUAUAAUUUAGAUCAAACUACUGGAUCUUUCUAUUAUAGAGGUGCUGCUAUGUUCUUUGCUGUCUUGUAUAAUGCUUUCGCUUCCUUGUUAGAAAUUAUGUCAUUAUUCGAAGCUAGACCAAUUGUUGAAAAGCAUAAACAAUAUGCUUUAUAUAGACCUAGUGCUGAUGCUUUUGCUUCCAUUAUUACUGAAUUACCAACUAAAUUUGCCAUGUCAUCAUCUUUCAAUAUUGUUUUCUAUUUCAUGGUUAACUUUAGAAGAAAUGCUGGUAGAUUCUUCUUUUAUUGGUUAAUGGGUUUCAGUUGUACUUUGGUUAUGUCACAUUUAUUCAGAUCUAUUGGGGCUGUCUCAGACUCGCUUCCUGGAGCUAUGACCCCAGCUACUGGUUUAUUAUUAGCUAUGGUUAUCUUUACUGGUUUCGUUAUUCCAACACCAAAAAUGUUGGGUUGGUCAAGAUGGAUCAAUUACAUUAACCCUGUUGGUUAUGUUUUCGAAAGUUUGAUGUCUAAUGAAUUCCAUGAUAGAGAAUUUAAAUGUUCUUCAUACGUUCCAAGUGGUCCAGGUUAUGAUACUGCUGACCAUGCCAAUCAAAUUUGUUCAACCGUUGGUUCUAAACCAGGUAAUGAAUAUGUUAAUGGUACAGAUUAUAUUGGUAUUGCUUAUGAAUAUUAUAACUCACAUAAAUGGAGAAAUUUCGGUAUUACCCUUGCUUUCAUCAUAUUCUUCUUAGGUGUUUAUAUCUAUUUGACUGAAUCCAAUAAAGGUUCUAUGCAAAAGGGUGAAAUUGUCUUAUUCUUAAGAGGUUCAUUAAAGAAACAUAAAAAAGAAGCUGCUGCUAAAAAACAAGCUGUUUCUUCUGACCCUGAAAAUGAUUUACAAAAUGAAAAAAUUUCCCUUCAAGAUGAAAUCGAUGCUAAAGAAACUUCAACUCCACCAGUUGGUGAUGUUGAAAAAAUGAUGGGUAAAAAUAAUAACAUUUUCCAUUGGAAAGAUUUAACUUAUCAAGUUAAAAUCAAAUCCGAAGAAAGAGUUUUAUUAAACCAUAUUGAUGGUUGGGUUAAACCAGGUCAAUUAACAGCUUUAAUGGGUUCUUCAGGUGCUGGUAAAACUACUUUAUUAAAUUGUUUAAGUGAAAGAGUUACUACAGGUGUUAUCACCGACGGGGUUAGAAUGGUUAAUGGUCAUCCAUUAGAUUCUUCUUUCCAAAGAUCUAUUGGUUAUGCUCAACAACAAGAUUUACAUUUAUCAACUUCAACUGUUAGAGAAGCUUUAAGAUUCUCUGCUUACUUAAGACAACCAGAUCACGUUUCUAAGCAGGAAAAAGAUGAUUAUGUUGAUUAUGUUAUUGAUUUAUUAGAAAUGACUGCUUAUUCUGAUGCUAUCGUUGGGGUUGCUGGUGAAGGUCUUAAUGUUGAACAACGUAAACGUUUAACUAUUGGGGUUGAAUUGGCUGCUAAACCAAAAUUAUUAUUAUUCUUAGAUGAACCAACUUCUGGUUUAGAUUCCCAAACUGCUUGGUCAGUUUGUAAAUUGAUGAGAAAAUUAGCUGAUCACGGUCAAGCUAUUUUAUGUACUAUCCAUCAACCUUCAGCUAUUUUAUUACAAGAAUUCGAUAGAUUAUUAUUUUUACAAAAAGGUGGUCAAACUGUUUAUUUCGGUGAUUUAGGUGAAAAUUGUUCUACUUUAAUCAAUUAUUUCGAAAAAUAUGGUGCUGAUCCAUGUCCAAAAGAAGCUAAUCCAGCCGAAUGGAUGUUACAUGUUGUUGGUGCGGCUCCUGGAUCUCAUGCUAAACAAGAUUACUUUGAAGUGUGGAAAAAUUCUACUGAAUUCGCUGAAGUUCGUAGAGAAUUGGAUUACAUGGAAAAUGAAUUAGUUAAUAUUCCAAAAGAAGAUAGCCCUGAUGCUCAUAAAAAAUAUGCUGCCAGUAUGUUCAAACAAUACCUUUAUGUUACUUGGAGAGUUUUACAACAAGAUUGGAGAACUCCAACUUAUAUUUAUUCAAAGAUUUUCUUGGUUGUUACUGCUGCUUUAUUCAAUGGGUUUUCUUUCUUCAAAGCUGAUUUAUCUGUUCAAGGUUUACAAAAUCAAAUGUUUUCAGUAUUUAUGUCUUUCAUGCCUUUAAAUACUUUAGUUCAACAAAUGUUACCUUACUUUGUUUUACAAAGAGAUUUAUAUGAAGUUAGGGAAGCUCCUUCAAGAACUUAUUCUUGGGUUGCUUUUAUUUGUGCUCAAAUUACUGCCGAAAUUCCUUUCCAAAUUGCGAUUGGUACUGUUGCUUUCUUCUGUUGGUAUUAUCCUGUCGGUUUAUAUAGAAAUGCCAUCCCAACUGAUUCUGUUGAUUCAAGAGGGGUAUUAGUAUGGUUAUUCUUGAUUGCCUUCUAUGUUUACUGUUCAACUUUAGGUCAAUUAUGUAUGUCAUUCAAUGAUUUGGCUGAUAAUGCUGCUAAUUUAGCUGUUAUGUUAUUCACUAUGUGUUUGAAUUUCUGUGGGGUUUUAGCAGGUCCUGACAUUUUACCUGGGUUCUGGAUUUUCAUGUAUAGAUGUAAUCCAUUUACUUAUUUGAUUCAAGGUAUUUUAUCCACUGGUUUAGCUAAUACCAAAGCUACUUGUUCAAAAGCUGAAUUAUUGGUAUUUUCUCCUCCUAGUGGUUCAACAUGUCAAGAAUAUUUAACCAAUUAUAUGUCUAUGGCUGGUGGUAAUUUAUUGAAUCCUGAUGCUACAAGUGAUUGUUCCUAUUGUGCAAUUGGUGAUACCAACACUUUCUUGGCCUCAAUUAAUUCUUACUUUUCAGAAAGAUGGAGAAAUUUCGGUAUUUUCAUUGCCUUUAUUUUCUUCAAUAUGAUAGCUACUGUUUUCUUCUUCUGGUUAGCUAGAGUUCCAAAGGGUAACAGAGAAAAGAAGAAAUAG